AUCGAUAUAUACCAACUUGCCUAUUGCAGUUAUUAUCGAUUACUGUGUAUAUUUUUAUGCCGACAUAUACAGCGAUUGAUUCCUAGCUUAAAAAAUGACCGCAUCAAUUACGACAAAGAGCACGCUCAUCUCCUCAAUUAUCUCCGGUAUAUUGAGCUUGCUUAUAUUUGCAACGUUGCGCUUCUACGCACAGUGGUUCAAUGACUCGCAAUUAAACAUUUUGUUUGGCGGCUACUUGUUUUCCUGGCUCUUCAUAUUAAGCCUCACUUGUAUAUCAAAUGCCGAGAUGUUGAUAUUCGGUCCCGAUUUCCAAGCAAAACUUGUCCCCGAAAUUAUUCUCUGCCUAUCGUUGACAGCAGCGGCAGCCGGCGUCGUUCAUCGCGUUUGUGCCACAACAAGUAUUAUGUUCUCUUUGGUCGGACUAUAUUUCAUCAAUCGAAUCUCAUCGAAGUAUUAUAACAAUGCAGUGAUUGCAGUGGAUGCCCCUUUGCGUAAGAGUGGAAAAAAAUUCAAAUAGAUUGCAUAUUUAAUGUAUGUAAAAUUUUAAAAUAUAUAAAUGGAAAAAUACAUUGUAUAAGCUAAAAGUAAUAAAUGAGAAAUUGUAUAA